GGGUGAUUUUUUAUUUUUUUUUUUCACUGCUCUACCAAUCUAGCAGUAAACCGCUGUUCAGAGAUACAAGGUUCCUUAAGCAUGGACACGGGCCAGGGCAGCCCGGAGAGCCCCAAUCGGGCCGUGGAGUACCUGUUGGAGCUCAACAACAUCAUCGAAAGCCAGCAGAAGUUGCUAGAGACACAGAGGCGGCGCAUCGAGGAGCUGGAGGUGCAGCUGGACCGCCUCAAUCAGGAAAACAAGGACCUCCGGCUGGACAGGCAACCAUGUCCACCCCCACCACCACCACCACUAGGGGCCUCCAACCAGACACAUGGGCACCCUUCACAUCUGCAGAACUCAGCCACUGUGUACCCUAUCCAGAGCCACAACAACGUGCCUGGCCAUAACCCCACAUCUGCCCCGGCGCCUCCUCCCCCUCCUCCACCCGUGCCUCCACGAGACCGGCGUAUCGUCAACACACAUACACGCCUCAGCCGUGGCCUGUCCACUGGGUCCAACCCGACAGAAAAUGAGAGGGACAGAGAACGACACAGAGAGAGCGUCAGCACGAGCACAGCUGCCACUCUGCAGAGACAGCCAGAUGGAGACUUCAACAAACACAGUGUGGAAGGGGAUCCUCACUGUGGGGACACAGGCAGUUUCUCAGACAGCUCCUGCAGUCAGGGCCCAUACCUGGGCAUUUCGGAGCGAUACGGAAAGGUUGCGGGAGAGCCACCGGGCUCCCAGGGGCCUCCUGUGGCCCCACCAAGCCCUGCAAGCCUGGCCUGGGCCCAGCACACACGCCUCCAGCCUGCCAGCCUGGCUUUGCGUAAGCAGGAAGAGGAGGAGAACAAACGCUGCAAAGCACUCUCAGACAGCUAUGAGCUCUCCACAGACCUGCAGGAUAAGAAGGUGGAGAUGUUGGAGAAGAAAUAUGGCGGUUCCUUCUUGAGCAGACGAGCUGCACGUACAAUCCAGACUGCUUUCCGGCAGUACCGAAUGAAUAAGAACUUCCAGCGACUGCGAAGCUCAGCCUCAGAAAACCGCAUGACACGCCGAAUUAUCCUGUCUAACAUGCGCAUGCAGUACUCAUUUGAUGAACGUCAGCCGCAGGUGCAAUCUCAAACUCCCCAGCAACAACAGCUCUACCCCCCUCGCCAUCCCUCUUCCCUGGCCAUGACCAGCCAGCAGAGUUCGGCUGACACGGAACAGGAGACGGAAUCACCUUCACACUGCCCUUCUGACCGGGAAGAUUACUCACAAACAGAUGACUCCUUUACUAAACAGGUGACAUCACUGGCAGACUCCAUGGAUGACACUUUAACAUGCCAGUCUGGGCGUGGCGAUUCUCAAGAGGGUGAUGGCGGAGUUGAUAGUGAAGAUUUCAGCGAAUGUGUCUGGAGCAGCAAGGUCCCAUCUCGUCGUGGAGUACCAACAAGCGAACGAGGGCGGACAGCUGGGACACUCGGGGGGAUGCACGAGGACAGCACAGCCACAUCUUACAGCGAUGUGACUCUCUACAUGGAAGACGGCGUGCCUUCAUCUCCCCUUUCCAUGGAACGUGCACCCAGCAGCACUGACACUGAAUACUGGGGACUAGGUGGCACAACGGUGGGACGAGAGGACAGUCGAGAUGCGGAAGGCGGAGGCAGCAGCAACAGCCGGCGCAGCACACCAUGCACAGAGUGCCGUGACCAUCGGCUUCGUGGUCCCCAUCUUCCUGUUCUAACUAUUGAGCCACCCAGCGACAGCUCGGUGGACAUGAGUGACCGCUCGGACCGAGGCUCACUCAGUAGGCAGCUGCUGUAUGAGCAGGAACCAGCAGGAGGUGGAGGGGGAGGAGGUGGAGGUUCACCCCAGGGAACUCUUAAACAUAACCCAGCCCAGGGACAGACUCGCCCUAUGGGUCGUCCUAUUCCCUCACCCCUCCCAACACACAUACCUCCACACCAUGCAAUCCUGAUGCACCAGCAGCACCACCCACACAUCCAUCAUCCUCUGCAGCACCAUCACCACCACCCACUGGCCCAUCUUCACCACCCAUACCCGGACUCAUCGGUAUCAUCUACCCAACCCCCGUUGACACCGCUCUCCUCAACCUCAUCAGCACCACUGCCCUCUACUGGCUUGGAGCCGUCGGAUGGCGACAACGACUCACUUAACUCCACCACCAACUCCAAUGAGACAAUUAACUGCAGUUCUGGCUCAUCCUCCCGAGACAGCUUGAGGGAACCACUAACCGCACUCACAAAGCAGACCUACCAAAGGGAAAGCCGCCACAGCUGGGACUCACCUGCAUUUAACAACGAUGUGGUGCAGAGGAGACAGUAUCGCAUCGGUCUUAACCUUUUUAACAAGAAGCCAGAGAAGGGCAUCCAGUACCUGAUAGAGAGGGGCUUUAUGUCUGACACCCCAGUGGGAAUUGCUCGCUUCAUCCUGGAGAGAAAAGGCUUGAGUCGUCAAAUGAUCGGGGAGUUCUUGGGAAACCGACAGAAGCAGUUCAACAAGGAUGUGCUGGAUUGUGUGCUGGAUGAAAUGGAUUUCUCCGGAAUGGAUCUGGAUGAUGCUCUGCGCAAGUUUCAGGCUCAGAUUAAGGUCCAAGGAGAAGCACAGAAAGUGGAGAGGCUGGUGGAAGCCUUCAGUCAGAGGUACUGUGUGUGUAACCCUGUGUUGGUGCGACAAUUCCAGAACCCUGACACCAUUUUCAUCCUUGCCUUUGCAAUCAUCCUUCUCAACACAGACAUGUACAGCCCUAAUGUCAAACCAGAGAGAAAAAUGAAGCUGGAUGACUUUAUUAAGAACUUAAGAGGAGUGGAUAAUGGACAGGACAUCCCAAGGGACCUGUUGGUAGGAAUCUAUCAUCGUAUUCAGAAGUGGGAGCUGAGGACCAAUGAUGAUCAUGUUUCUCAAGUGCAGGCAGUGGAGAGAGUGAUUGUGGGCAAAAAACCAGUGCUCUCUCUACCCCACCGCAGACUGGUGUGCUGUUGCCAGCUUUAUGAGGUUCCUGAUCCUAACAGACCACAGCGGAGUGGGGUUCAUCAAAGAGAAGUCUUUCUCUUUAAUGACCUAUUAGUGGUCACAAAGAUCUUCCAGAAGAAGAAGACAUCAGUGACAUACAGUUUCAGACAGUCUUUUCCUCUUGUGGAGAUGCAGGUUCACAUGUUCCAAAACUCCUACUAUCCUCAUGGUAUUCGGUUAACAUCAGCUAUCCCAGGAGGGGAGCGUAAGGUCCUGAUUGUCUUCACAGCACCGAGUCAGCAAGAUCGGACACGUUUUGUCAGUGACCUAAGAGAGAGCAUUGCUGAAGUGCAAGAUAUGGAAAAAUAUCGAGUAGAAUCGGAGCUGGAGAAACAGAAAGGCGUUAUGCGGCCUGGACUCAUGAGCGGAGAUGUGAGUAGUGGGGUGGAUGGAAUAAAGACUGAGGCAGUAAACGGGACUCUGAGUAGAGCCAGUCUGGAUGACACGUACGCCACAGGGGAUGGGCUGAAGCGCACAGCCCUUAGCUCAUCGCUCAGAGAUCUCUCGGACAGCGGAAAGCGAGGUCGCCGAAACAGUGUGGGCUCUUUGGAUAGUACCAUUGAAGGAUCAAUCAUUAAUAGUCCACGGCCUCACCAGCGUGUGCCUAUGGCGGGUGCUCUUCCCAGCUGCUAUGGGCUAGAAGACUACCGGCCUCACCGCCCCAUCCUGAGCCCCGGAAUAGGGGUGGGGGGUGGGCCGGGGCAGUUACACAACGCCGUAGGGAACGCUGGGGCAGGAGUGCUGCCCAACACUGGCGACCGAGGGUCCGGAGGGGGCAACUCCGGCUCCUUCCUGGGUUCUCUGUUUGGCAGCAAGCGUGCCAAACCCCCAGCCCCACUUAUUCCCCCAGGGCCGCCCUACCCUGCUCCCGUGGCCCCACCUACUACCGGGGGCCCGCCUCCUCCCUCACCUUCUUCCCUCAGUCAGUCCGACCUCGGCGGGCCUUCCAAGAUUCAGGCCCUGCACGCACAGUACUGCCACAACAAUAUCGGCCCACCACCACCUCCGUACCACCACCACCAGCACCACCGGUACCACAUACCGCUCUCGGCCGCUGGCCAUCCACACACUAUGCAUCAUACUCUGCAGCGAAGCUCACUGCCCCGCCGAGGUUCACCCAUACCCUCUCACGCUCCACUUCAGCAACAGCACUCCCAUCACGCCAUGAAUCAGCACGCACGCCAUUCCAGCGUAGGAUGCACCCCUCCACCGCUGUCUCCUCACUCACCUCAUUCACCCAUCAGCCAAUUCAGUUUCUUUCAUACUCAUGUCCCACUGCCACAUCCCGCCAAGUUGCCACUGACUCUGUCUCACUCUCAGCCCCACCCGCACCCUCACGGCCACUCCCACGUUCUCUCUCAUACCCACAGUCACAUCGGCCACAUCCACAGUCCUCAUCCGCUACUGCACCAUUCCGGCCAUCCAACUCACUUUGUGUUCGCCCCGCCUCCACAGGCCCCCUCCUCCAUCACAGCACGUCACGUGCCACAGACCCCCGCUCACUACCUGCCUCAGUACCCGCCCCUGUCCUCCAUCCCACCUCCUCCGCCGCACUCGCCUUUACCCCCUCCUACCUCCCCCCUCACCCCUCUUACACCGCUUACGCCUCUCUCGCCGCUGCCACCACAGAUGGUCAACCAGGGGCACGGAGUGGGAAGUACAGGGGGCAGCGCCAGCACAAGCGGCAGCUCCAAGUCAAAGCCCAUCAGCCGCAUCAGUACAGUGGUGUGAGACGUGGCAGAGUUCGCAGGGCAAGAGUUCACAGAGGGAAGAGCCGAAGCCCCCGCAAGCGGAAACACACUGUGGUCCGACUUUGCUACUUCCACAUCCACUUUCCACAUGUGUAGAAUAAGGGGGAUAAAGAGUAACCUAUAGCUGGGCUACAAAAAUGCAUACACAAUUUGUUGUUUCAAACCAAACUCAUUUAUUGAUGCAAAAUCAGGAGACAAGCGUUGAAGCAAGAGCUGAUUCUGCUACUCCUCAGGAGUUGACAGAUGUAUGAGCUGGAAGUAGAGUGCGGCCAUCCUACAAUGUGAGAGACAAAGACCCAAAAUUUUAAGAGAUCCAGCUGUUCUACUGCAGAGGAGGUCAAGAAGAGAGCUUAACCAGCUAGCCUAAGAAGAGUACAGAAUACAAAAGAAGCAUCACGCACCAUGAACAGCACUAAAAAAAAAAAGCUUGGACAAUAAUGCAAGUGAGGUUUCGUGGAAAUCCCAUUUGCUCCAUUUCAACAUUUUUUUUUUUUUACUGUAAAAUGACAAUCAUUCCAAGUUGAGGCAAGUUUGUUUUUUGUUGUUGCUGCUGCUGGUUUUUUUUUUUUUUUUUUUUUUUUACAAAAUUGAGUGAUACAUUCCACAUUCCUUCCCAUACUUUGGACUAAAUGGCUGUCAAUGUUGGACUACAGCUUUACAGCUUUACAAGCUUCAGCCACGCACUUAACCACAGCACACCUGUUUAUGUUAAAGGGUUUUUUGUAAUGAAACAUUUUUAGUGGAAAGACAGUUAUAGGAGAGAGAGCCAUUCAGGAGGCAGCAUUUCAGUAUUCAACUCUAAGUUUUAAAAAGUCUAAAAGGGAAGAUAUUUGGAUAUGAAAUGUCUAAUGUAAUUGUUUUAUGAAUUUUAAAUUUGCUAAAUUUAGAUACAGCCCUCUAAUUAAAAAAAAAGUUUCUAAAGGUAUUUUUAAGUUCUCUCCAUUUAAUUUAU